CGGGAUCCCUUGCUUUCCUUCUGAUACCGCUCGACAUGUCUUCCUCCUCCCUUCUUCUGUUACUCUUCUUCUUCUUCCUUCACCUCCCUCUCCUCUUCCUGCCCACCCUCGCCGCUGGCCACGUUGAGUCGCCGGCCUCGCCGUCGAACGGCACCACCGUUUAUGACCUGCUUCCGGAGUAUGGCCUGCCGCCCGGCGUUCUUCCGGACACCGUCAAGUCCUUCUCGCUCGCCAGCAACGGCCGGUUCGUCGUGGAGCUCUACGGCCCCUGCUACGUCGACUUCGAGUACCUGGUCUACUACGCCCCCCGCGUGUCCGGCGUCAUCAAGUACGGCGGCAUCGCGAGUCUCGAGGGCGUCCAGGUCCGCCGCUUCAUGGUCUGGUUCGACGUCGGCGGCAUCAUGGUCGACGUCCCCUCCUCUGAGUUCAUCUACUUCCAGGUCGGAUGGAUCACCCGCAAGCUCGGCAUCGAGCAGUUCCAGACCGUGCACUCCUGCAGGGACAGUCUCUCGCUGCUUGGCCGCGCCAAGGAGGUCGCCCGUUCCAUGCUCGAGAGCAUUUUUGCACCUCAACUGUGACGAAUUAAUGUGAGAAGACAAAACCAGCUGGCUAAUGCAUGGAAAUUCUAAAGAUCUAAUGGCCAUUUUGAAUCACAUGGCAUGAACCAGGAAGUGCUAUUGCAGAAGAUUUUCAAGAGGUGAAAGGCCAGAAGUGUUAGGAUACACUUCCGACCCAAACACCACUCAUCUUGAGUUCCUGUUCCAUUACAUAAAAAUUAAUUGUAGUUUGUAGUUUUUCAUUGACAGAAUGGCAGUAGUAUUUCUCUAAAGAACUUUUCUGGAAUAGCAUGUUUGUAUUUUCAAAAUUUUGUCCAAACCACCCCCGAUAGAAUGAUGAAAGUUGCAUGUCUGAAGGAAUUUUUGGGCUGAAAAUUGAGUAAUGUUACGAUUUUCCUGUCACAUAUAUUGACAUGCUCCUUUUAGUAGGAAAACUUAAUCAAGGUAAAUAUUCUCAUGGUCACCUUUCAACUUUCUAUUGCCUCAAGUAUGAUUUCUCAACCAAUAGUCCUUGCACACUAGAUUUAACUUCUUUUCAAGUGAACAAGCUCUAGUCAUUCAUGUGCAGAACUACAGUGAAUUGAUUCCUGAUCACUCUCAAUUUGCUUGAUUUGUGUUGCAGUAUCCACAUCAGAAUUCUCCUCUGUGAUUUAUUUUUUACCUCUUUGCUAUGUGAAUCCAGACUCAUUCCUGUUAUGGCAAACACAAAACAGAAGGUUAACUGA